AAGCAUUCAGUGUCAAGGUGCUCGAACUGGCGGUCGCUAGCGCUCCAGUGAUAGAAGCUAACGAACUUGAUCCGAUUCGAUCUUGCCCAGCAUCUGGUAUUCCUCGAAGAGCUUCGCAUAAGAACGUUUAGCAAAAUCACCGAAGAGGCAGUUUGGCGCUCCACUUUCGACAGUGAGGACGUCGCUCGAGCGGUUCGCGUUGUUUCGGUCCAUCAAACUAUAAAAGUCAAAUUCUUGAAACAAAUCAAUUGAGUGUUUUGUGCGUGUCCUGCUAUCUUAAGUGAAGUUUUGAAACGGUCAUAUCUAUAUAUACACAUUCUCGAGUGCUAAAGAACACAGAACAGAGAACACAGAACACAGAGUCUAAAAUGCAACUGCGGUCAAUGACAACGAAGCGAGCAGUCAGCAUGAUGGCGCUGCUGAGCUUAAUGCUACUUUUGGUGGACAGCUCGGUGGCAGCACGCAAGUUGCCCAAGCGGCCGGCGGUGAAACCGUUGAAGACAUUUCCGCGCAACAAUGCCACACCGAUUCCGGCAACGGGAGCGGGAUCGGGGGCGGGAACUGCGGCGCCGAACGGAAGCGAGCUACCAAAACCGUUCGGCGUUGAGCCAGCGGAAGCGAUUGUCGCAUCGCCACCUGGUUCUGCAGAUUCCUCUGCUUCUGUCCCUGCACCAACUGCUGUAUCACCUGCUGCUGCUGCUGUAGAGACUAAGGCCGAUGAUCUGGGCCCCACUCCCAUGGCAACACCUUCGGUGGGUUCCUCGGUGGACGAGGAUUGCGAACCGGAUAUGAUUGGCUUCGAGCUCAUAACAGGGUACGUGCUAUCGGCGCCAUCGAAGCAAUUGGAAACGCUGCCCGGCACCCUCAUGCUGACCGACUGCCUGGAGGCCUGCCAGGCCAAUGAAUCUUGCAGUGCGGUUAAUUACGAGACGGGCCUCUGUGUCAUGUUCCGCAGCACAGCCGAUCAGUUGCCAGGUUCACUUUCCCGCUCCCAGUACCCCGUGUUCACCGUUUACGCGCAGAAAUCCUGUUUCGGAGUGCGUCCCUGCUCGAAGGCCUGGUGCAUCGAUCGCGUCCAGGGCUACCGACUGCCGGAGCGGGCCAAGGCCAGCCAAAGUGUGGCCACGCGGCGCGACUGCAUCGAACUGUGUCUGGGCGAGACGGAGUUCACCUGCCGAUCGGCCAACUACUAUGCGCACUCUGGCCUGUGCGAGCUCUCGGACAUGGAUCGCAUUACGCUGUCGGACGAGGCAAACAUUGCGGCCUACGAUGGCGCCGACUAUCUGGAGAACAACUGCGCGGAGGAGCCGAGCAAGCUGUGCGAGUUCAAGCGCGUAGCGGGUCGUAUUCUGAAGACGGUGGACUCUGUGCACCAGAAUGUUCAGACUCUGGACGAGUGCCGUGACCUCUGCUUGACGGCCCCGUUCCGGUGUCACUCGUAUGACUACAACGAAACCGGGGAGUUGGUCUGCCGACUGUCCCACCACAGCCGCGCCACAUUGACGGACCUCUCGGAGCCCUACCUCUCCAUCGAGGAAGCGGCCACCUACGAACAGUCCGCCUGCUACAACGUAUCGAUCGACUGUCGCUCUGGGGAGAUGGUUACCAAGAUCCGCACCUCCAAGCUCUUCGAUGGCAAGGUGUACGCCAAGGGAGCACCCAAAUCCUGCGCUGUGAAUGUGAACAACUCACUGGAGUUCGACCUUAAGAUGAGGUACAAUGAUCUGGAGUGCAAUGUGCGACAGAGUGCGUAUGGCAGGUACAUGAACGACAUUGUGAUCCAGCACCACGACAUGAUCGUCACAUCUUCCGAUCUUGGGCUGGCUGUAUCCUGCCAGUACGACUUGACCAACAAGACGGUGGUUAACAAUGUGGAUCUGGGAGUCACUGGAGAGAUUGAGUCCACUCUCAGCGAGGAAAUCAUCGUCGAUUCGCCGAAUGUGAUCAUGAAGAUCACCGCACGUGAUGGCAGCGACAUGAAGAGGAUUGCCGAGGUUGGAGAUCCACUGGCUCUCCGCUUCGAAAUCGUCGACGCCAACAGCCCGUACGAGAUCUUUGUGAGGGAACUGGUGGCCAUGGACGGGACGGACAGCGCCGAAAUCACACUGAUCGACGCCAACGGCUGUCCCACGGACCAGUACAUAAUGAGUGCCAUGCAAAAGCUGGCCGGCAAUCGCAAGGUGCUGCUCUCACAGUUCGACGCCUUCAAGUUCCCCUCCUCGGAGCUGGUGCAGUUCCGCGCCCUGGUCACGCCCUGCAUACCGCGCUGCGAACCGGUUAUCUGCGACAACGAUGAGAACGGCGAGCUCAAGUCACUGCUGUCCUACGGUCGUCGCAAGCGAUCGGUGCUCAACGGCACUGAUGGCGUUGAGCUGGCCAUUAAGUCGGAACGCCAAAAACGUGAUGUGAGUCAUCAGGCGGCCGGCGAUGAGAACAUUCUGCUGGUGCAAUCGAUACAAAUCACCGAUAAGUUCGCCUUCAAUGGCGCCGAUUCUUCGGGAGGCUCGGAAACCGGUGGUCUGGAUGGCCUGGCCAAAUUGCAACUGGAUCUGGGCACUAAAACGGACACUUGCAUAAAUGGCUAUGGCUUCAUAAUUGCCGGUGCUCUGUUCCUGCUGCUCCAGCUUACAGUCAUUGCUGUCUGGGACAAUAUGCAGAAGCGAGCGUUACACAAGCGGUAAGAACGUCAACGACAGUGAAUGGCCUCUUAACAAGCCAAGAAGUACGAGAUACAGAUGGAAAAGGAGAUGGAAAUCGAGCUGCGGGUGGAGAGGCAGAAACUAGCAUGAAAUUCUACUUAGCUCAAAACUUAGCACUGCUCAUAAUCUAGUUAGUAGAUGUACGAUCCAGAGAUGGAGAAUGGACGCCCUUCCCCGGACUUUCCGCCAUUGAGCUGGACUCCUCUGUGAAGGGUUUCCCUUAGGGACGAACGAACCGUAGCUUAAUAUUUAUUCCUAUACCUAACUAUAUGUAUGCGCGUUUAGGCGCCCCCUCUAUAAGACUUACCGCUAAGACUACUCUGAAUACGUCGACAUACUAUCAGCUUAAGACUCGGAACUCGGAAAGUAAAGCUACUUAGAUAUAGUGCGAACCAUUCAAACCUCUGAAGAGAGCUCUGAACUGACAAGCAUUGCUCGUUUGAGAGGUUUGACUGUCUACUAAUACUUAAAUACUAAAACUUAACUUAACUUAACUUAAUGCUUAUAUAUGCUAGGCCCAAUCGAACACACCACACAAAAAUGUAACAAGAGACAAAACUUCAGAUGCUAUAAAAGGUAAAUAAACGUAUUAGAAAGAAA